AGGGCUCAUUUCUCUCAGAAGCUCAGCUACCUUAAAUCCCGUAUUAACAUAAUUAACCCAGGCAACCAUGGUAGGAGACUAAGUCUUCUUACUCAUCCUCUCCCACCGGCCAGUCAGUCAACAGUUGGUCUCUGACACACAUCAACGCAUCGAAUAGAACUAAUCAGAGGCCCAAAGGUCGCCUUUCUUCUCGGGAAGAGAAUACACAGCGUGUGCACACACAGGGCAUCUGCAGAUCUGACCUGUAAAGGAAGACCUCCAAAGCACAGUAGGGACCAGGACAGGGACCAGGACUAAGACCAGUGGGGCAGCAGCUCAAAGGGGGGGAAAUUCCUAAAAAACUAUCUAAUCCAGCACCAUGGGAAACGCCACCAGCAGCGCGAUCUCCAAGGAGAUCCUGGAGGACCUGAAGCUCAACACCAAGUUCACGGAGACCGAGAUCUGCCAGUGGUACGAGAACUUCCAGAAGCAGUGUCCCACGGGCCGCAUCAGCCCUGAGGAGUUCGAGCAGAUCUACUCCCGCUUCUUCCCGGAGAGCGACGCCACCAGCUACGCCCAGCACGUCUUCCGCUCGUUCGACACCAACGACGACGGCACGCUGGACUUCAAGGAGUACAUCAUCGCGCUGCACAUGACCUCCACGGGCAAGACCACGCGCAAGCUGGAGUGGGCCUUCUCGCUGUUCGACGUGGACAAGAACGGCUACAUCACAAAGACGGAGGUGACGGAGAUCUGCCAGGCCAUCUUUAAGCUGAUCCCCAAGGAGGACCUGGACAAACUCCCCGGAGACGAGAACUCAGCCGAGAGAAGAGCCGACAAGCUGUGGUCUUUCUUUGAGAAGAAAGACAAUGAACGAUUGGCAGAAGGCGAGUUUAUUAAAGGGGUGAUCGACAAUGAAAAUGCUAUGCGUCUUAUUCACUACGAGCCCAUGAAGGAGUAAAUGCAUGUCUCUCUCUCUGUCUCUCUCUCUCUUCUCCCAGUUAGAAUGUCUUCUUUGGUUUUUGUCAUGAGUUUUUCAUAAACCCCUAACCUCCCCUCUUCCAGACUAUGUAAAUACUAUUCUUCUGCAGUGUCUUCGCACUGUACUCUUUGAUUAAUAAAAGGUUUAUUUGAUGAUCAAUUGACUUGGAAAUAUUAAAAUAAUUAUUGUUAUUAACAAUGAAUAAUAAUGAAUCAUUUAUACACUGAAAUAAUAUUACAGAUUUUUAUUUAUUGUAACUAGAAUAAUAUGUGUGGAUAUAUGAUUUCGGGUAAGGGUACUUUGGGAUAAUGGCCAAAAGGACAUUUUGGCUAGAAAGUAACAAAAAUCUAAAUAGUGAAAAUGUAAUAAUAAAUCUUGUGUAUAUUGUCUGCUAUGAAUACGCUUAUUGCCCAGACAGAGUGUCGAUUAAAUGGUUUUGGUAAAAUUUGGAAAUUAUGUGGAAUACCAACCAUUUUAAAUAAUAGCCAACAAGGUUGAUAGAUUAAAUGUUACAGUAUGCACAAUUGCAACAUGAUUGCAAUUGUGCAACCAAAAAUCUUACGAAUUUUGUACUGGUCAUACUGAAUACCGUUUUUGACCAAGGUACUGUAUUCUCCAAAUUGUACACUUAAUAAAUAUUUUUUCUCAGAUUUCA